AUGGACAAUAACACUAAAACUGCUAUUAUUAUUCAUCCUGAUCUUGGUAUUGGAGGAGCUGAACGACUUGUUGUAGAUCUUGCUCUUGCAUUAGAACAUGAAGAUUAUGACGUUAAAUUUUAUACAUCACAUCAUGAUAAAGAACAUUGUUUUCCAGAGACAAAAGGAAGGUUUCAAGUAUUUGUUCAUGGAGAUUUCCUUCCAAUUACAUUAUUUGGAUAUUUUUAUAUUUUCUUUGCUACACUAAGAGCACUUUAUUUAUCAAUAAUUGUAGCAUGGAAAACUAAUGCAGACAUUUAUAUUGUUGAUCAAAUUUCAAUUGGAGUUCCAAUAUUAAAAUUAUUUAAUAAAAAAGUAUUAUUUUAUUGUCAUCAUCCAGACAAAUGUCUUUGUAAGGAAGGAGGAUUUAUGAAGAAAAUAUAUAGAAUUCCAUUUGACUGGUUAGAAGAAAAAUCUAUGGGACUAAGUGAUUCAAUUGUAGUAAAUAGUUUAUACACACAAUCAGUUUAUGAAAAAGCAUUUCCAAGUCAUUCAAGAACACCACAAGUCCUGUAUCCAACUUAUAAUCCUAUUUUAGAAGAAUCUAUGAAUAGUGAAAGUCCAUUUGAAGAAGAACCUAAAGAAGAAUUUUGGUUUAUUUCAAUUAAUAGAUAUGAAGGAAAAAAGAAUCAUAAAGUAGCACUUGAAGCAUUAAGUUUAUUAGAAGAUGAUUUAAAAAAUAAUGUUAGAAUUAUCAUUGCUGGUGGUUAUGAUCUUAGAGUAAAAGAAAAUAAAGAUGUUUAUAAUGAAUUAGAACAACUUUCACAUCAAUUGCAUAUUGAAAGUCAUGUGUCUUUACUUAAAAACUUCUCAAAUGAAGAACGUGAAUAUCUUUUUAAAAAAGCUACUGCUGUGUUAUAUACUCCUCCAUUUGAACAUUUUGGUAUUGUUCCAUUAGAAGCAAUGAUUAAAGGAGUACCAGUAAUUGCAUGUAAUAAUGGUGGUCCAUUAGAAACAGUACAAAAUGAAUUAACAGGACUUCUUUGUGAUGGAACUAAAGAAGGAUUUGCAAAAUGUAUCUCUCGAUUAUGUCAUGACAAUAACUUAAGACAAAAGUUAAAGUCAAACGCUAAGAAAGCAACUAAAGAAAAGUUUGGGUUUGAGACAUUUACAAAGAACGUAUCAGAGGUUGUACAUCAAGUCAUAUCAAAUUAA